CCUAGGUCCGGAAGCGGCGUAGUGUUGCGAGACCCGCCAUGUCUGAUUUCCAGGUUUGGUGAGGUUCGGCCGAUUCGCUCUAGCUAUGCGGUCCCGGUUUCUUUGGGGUGCGGCCCGGUGUCUGUGGGCGCGGCCGGCCCUGGGCCCCAGCCGCCGGCCUCUCAGCUGUGGUCACCCGGAGGUGGAGGAGCUGUUCGCACCCGGCGGGCCCUUGCGGACCUUUCUGGAGCGCCAGGCAAGGUCCGACGCCCCAUUGCAGGUCAGGAGGCCCGAGCUGGUGGCGGCCGCCAAACUCCUGAGCGAGAAAGAGCAGGAACUGCGGGAGACCGAGCACCUGCUACGCGAUGAGAAUGAAGAUUUAAGGAGACUUGCAGAGAAUGAAAUAACUCUGUGUCAAAAAGAAAUUACACAGCUGAAGCAACAGAUCGUUUUACUUUUGGUUCCCUCAGAAGAAACAGAUAAAAAUGAUUUGGUCCUGGAGGUAACUGCAGGAAUUGGGGGUCAGGAGGCAAUGUUGUUUACUUCAGAGAUGUUUGAUAUGUAUCAGCAAUAUGCUGCAUUUAAAAGAUGGCAUUUUGAAACCCUGGAAUAUUUUCCAAGUGAAAUAGGUGGCCUUAGACAUGCAUCCGCCAGCAUUGGGGGUUCAGAAGCCUAUAAGCUCAUGAAAUUUGAAGGAGGUGUGCACAGAGUACAGAGAGUGCCAAAAACAGAGAGGCAAGGCCGCAUCCAUACUAGCACCAUGACUGUAGCAAUACUACCCCAACCUACUGAGAUUAACCUGGUGGUUAAUCCUAAAGAUUUGAGAAUUGAUACAAAACGAGCCAGCGGAGCUGGGGGGCAGCAUGUAAAUACCACAGACAGUGCCGUCCGGAUAGUUCAUCUUCCCACAGGUAUUGUUUCUGAAUGCCAACAAGAGAGAUCUCAACUGAAAAAUAGAGAGAUGGCCAUGAAAAAGUUAUGUGCAAAACUCUACAGCAUGCAUCUAGAAGAAGAAACAAGUAAAAGAUAUAAUGCUAGGAAGAUUCAGGUUGGAACUAAAGGAAGGUCAGAGAAAAUAAGAACAUAUAAUUUUCCACAAAAUCGGGUCACAGAUCACAGAAUAAACAAAUCAGUGCAUGAUCUGGAAGCUUUUAUGAAAGGAGAUUACCAACUGGAUGAAAUGAUACAGUCAUUGAAAGACUAUGCUAAUUAUGAAUCUUUAUUAGAAAUUAUUUCCAAAAAACUUUAAGUCCAUUUGUUGUUAAUGUGCCUGGGAAAGCAGAAGAUGGUCCAACUAGUUGGACCUUUGCCACUGAUGUCAGACCCAGAUGGAGUUCCAGGUUCCUGGCUUCAGCCUGGCCCAGCCCUGACCACUGCAGCCAUUUGAAGAGUGAACCAGCAAUGGAAGCUCUCUGUCUCUCCCUCUCUUUCUGUAACUCUGCCUUUCAAAUAAAUAAAUCUUAACAAAAAACUUCCAGGAAGUUCAAACUAAAAUACUAGAAAUAUGGCAGUACUCAUUUUUUAGGGUCCAGUCAGGAGACGGAUACCAUAUCAUUAAUUCAACUAAUGGAAUUAGCUGUUAAAAGGAUGUGAAGAGAGAAAUGUGAUACACUAGGACUGAGAGAGUACUCUAGGACCAAGGGUAUCCAGGGAAGGAAACCUUUUGGAGAUUGAGCCUCAGCAGAUGUCCAUAUUAGGAUUCUCCAGAAGGUAGAACCAGUGUAUAUGCAGAGAUUUACUGUAAGGAUUGCCCAGGUUUCAGGAUGACAGUCUGAAGUCUGAGCCAGCAAAAGCUGAUGAUGAUGCAGUUCCAGUCAUCAGGCAGUCUGCUGGAGAUUUCUCUUGCCUGGAGGAAGCUGUUCUUUUUGUUACUAAUGCCAUCAACUGACCAAGUAAAGCCCUCUGACAUAAUGGAGGGCAAUCUGCUUUACUCAGACUUCACUAAUUUCAAUCUCAAUGUCAGCUAAAAGCAUACUCACAGAAAUGCCCAAAAUAAUGUUUGAUCAAAUAUCUGGGUACCCUGUGGUCCAGAAAACUUGACAUAUAAAAUUAAUCAUUAUAGUAUCCAAACUUUGGCGACCUAAUGCCUCCCUCCCAAAAGACCUACUUUCCAACACUUGAAUGUGCAUGGAGGGAUAGGUGUAGGGCACACAGAUUGUGGCAUAUGAUAAAGUGCUAUGGAAUAUAAAUGAAAGGGCAGUUAAUUCUGCCUAGGGGGCAAGAUGCCCUUUGGGUUGAACCUUGAAAUUUAUACAGAGUUUCCUAGGCAGAGGAUCAGCAGGAGUGACAAUCCAUGCUUUAUAGUUAAAAUAACUCGGUAUAUGGGUUGUGCAAGAACUGGUAAAUUCUGAGAAUCUUAAAGACAGGAUUCCAGCUGCUUCUGCCACAACUGUUGUACUCUUUUUUCCAGGUUUUCAAAGUUAAAUUUGAUGAGUUUAUAUUAGCUUUGCUGUCAUAAAUACAUUAAUGCUAUUUUAGAAGGACUUGAAGAAUUUGGCACUUUUUGCCCUUCUGCCUUGUUGAGGACACAGUAUCCCUCACCUUGAGGACAAAGCAUUCUAAGCACCAUGUGGGAAGUCUGCAGCAGCCCUCACCAGGUGUCAAAGCCCUGAUCUUGGCCUUAGCUCCAGAACUGUAAAAAAGUUUUGUAUUAUUAUCCAACCUGUGAUAUUCUGUUAGAGCACCACCAAAUUGACUAACAUACUAUACCUGGAAGAAAACAUGUGUCAUGGAGUUGACGAGGCUUAAUAGGUAAAACUGUCAUCUGCCAUGCCCGCAUCCCAUGUGAGCACCAGUCUAUGACCAAUUCUCCACUUCCGAUCCAGCUCCCUGCUUAUGUGCCCUGGAAAGCAGUGGAAGAUGGCCCAAGUCUGUAGGCCCCUGCUCCCAUGUGGGAGAACUAGGAGACGCUUUGGACUCCUGGCUUCAGCCUGGUCCAGCCCAGCCGUUGUAGCCAUUUGGGGAGUGAACCAGCAGAUGGAAGAUCUCUAACUCUGAAAUAAAUAAUAUUUAAAAAACAAACAAGAGGGCCAGCGCUGUAGCGUAGCGGGUGAAGCCACCACCUGCAGUGCCAGCAUCCCAUGUGGGGGCUGGUUCGAGUCCCGGCUGCUCCAUUUCCGAUCUGGCUCUCUGCUGUGGCCUAGGAAAGCAGUGGAAGAUGGCUCAAGUGCUUGGGCCCCUGCACCCGCGUCGGGGACCCGGAGGAAGCUCCUGGCUCCUGGCUUAGAAUAGGCCCAGCUCUGGCCGUCGCAGCCAUCAGGGAAGUGAAUCAGCAGAUGGAAGACUUCUCUUUCUGCUUCUCUGUAACUUUGCUUUCAAAUAAAUGAAUAAAUCUUAAAAAAAAAAAAAUGUACCACAAGAUAGUAAGUUUACUGGUUUAUAUAGGUUCUGAGAUUGCUGAAUAAGGCUAUGGGAAAGGGUGGGUCAAGGAGCAGGAUGAACUACAGAUGGUCCCAGACUUCCAUGGUUUGAUUUCAGAUUUCUCAAUUUUAUAAUGGUGAGAAAGUGAUACAUACUUUUAGUAGAAACCAUACUUCAAUUUUUCUUGGCCUUGCAAUAUGUCGUAGGAUACUCUCAAGGUGCUCUCCUAGUCAGCCUCACAAUUGUGAGGGGACACAGCCUACAGUACACAAUACUGCAAAGCUAUAAUAUUCAAUACACGUGUAUUAGAUAAACUUAUAAUAAACUUAUAAAUGGGCUUAUAGGGACUUGACCCCACCUCCAGUUAAGAACAUCUCUGCUGUACAUCUCUCUUCAGCACCUAGCCUUGGCAUGAGGCACUAAAAUGUCCCAAACCAGUUUAUCAACUAUUUGUCUACAUAUCUAUUGUGUUGUUCAGAAUUGAACUUAAUCAAAAUUGAACUUAAGGGGACCAGCACAGUGGCUCAGCGGGUUAAAGCCCCAGCCUGUGGUGCCAGCAUCCCAUAUGGGCGCCAGUUCGAGUCCCAGCUGCUCCACUUUCCAUCCAGCUCCCUACUAGUGUGCCUGGGAAAGCAGCAGAGGAUGGUUCAAGUGCUUUCUCACCUGGGGUACCUGGAGAGAAGGCUCUUGGCUUAUGGCUUUGGGCUGGCUCAGUCCUGGCUGUUGCAGUCACUUGGGGAAUGAACCAGUGGAUAGAAGAUUCUUUAUCUUUCUUUCAAUCUCUGUCUCUGCCUUUCAAAUAAAAUAAAAACUAAAAAUUUUUAAAACUGAUUUUCCAUCUGCUAGUUCACUCCCCAAAUGGCUGCAACAGCUAGGGCUAGGCCAAGCUGAAGCCAGGAGACAAAAGCUUCAUCCAUAUAUCUCCCCUGGGUGCAAAGGCCCAAGCACUUGGGCCAUCUGUUGCUGCUUUCCCAGACACAUUAACAGGGAGCUGGAUUAGAAGUGGAGCAGCUGAGACAGGAAUGCCAGAACACUGGCCCCUGUUUUUUUUUUUUUUUUCCAAAGGGGAGUAUGCACAUCUGCUGGCAUCUAGUAAAAUUCCAAAUGGCCCUUUGUUAAGUUUCUUAAUAAAGAUGAAAUUAACAGGGUCUGGUGCUGUGGCGCAGUGGGUUAACACCCUGGCCUGAAGCGCCAGCAUCCAAUAUGGGCGCCAGUUCAAAACCCGGCUGCUCCAUUUCCAAUCCAGUUCUCUGCUAUGGCCUGGGAUAGCAGUAGAAGAUGGCUUAAGUCCUUGAGCCCCUGUACCUGCAUGGGAGACACGGAAGAUGCUCCUGGCUCCUAGCUUCAGAUCGGCACAGUUCCAGCCGUUGCAGCCAAUUGGGGAGUGAACCAUCGGAUGGAAGAACCCUCUCUCUCUCUCUCUCUGCCUCUCCUCUGUGUAACUG